AUGCCUCCCAAGAGCAAGGCGCGAGGAAACGCAGCGAACCAGCACGACAAGCGCCACGAGAGUGGCCUCGCGGCACCAGGCAAGCGAGUGACGAAGAAGCAGUCUCAUGGACAUCUGAACGGGCAUGUCGAUGGCAAGGCUGCGGCGACCGUGCAAGCUGCCGCGCAUCCGCCGGCGACUUCUGGUGUAAGCCAAAGUUCGUCCGCAUUGCAGCCUUCGGAGUCGCUCGAGGCAACACUAAAGGGACCGAUUCAAGACCAUGCGCCUUCGCCAGGCUGCGGUGAGAGGGACAGGACAUACUCUGACGCUUCGCUGGAGGAGGGCGGGCAAUACGGCGAGAUGGCCGACCUGCACGACACUGCCAUAUCUCCUCUGACGGAGGCGCCGCCGGUCACCUUCAAACAGACCGUACCCGCCCACUCUGGCAGCACGCUCGCGACCAUCUCGACCAUCUUGUCUUACUACCCGCUUCGCGAUGCCAUCUCGAUCCUUAUCCUGCUUCUAUCACUUCCGCCAACCCUGGUCCUGGUGAUUCAGACGUUGUUCGCUUCGCUCACCUUCGUCCCGCCGACGACAAGCAUCUCGCUCUCCACUCUGCCGAACAUCAAGGAGAUGUUCAAUUCGCCCAAUCUUGGCUACCCUGCUAUGGCCACCAUCUUGAUUGUCGAUUUGAUAUUCUGGGUCUGCUGGCUGCCUGUCUGGAAGCCUAUACAAGGCGUCUUUCUGGACCUCUCCCAAGCAGUCAUUGCUGUUUCUCUCAGCGGCGCGACUGCGAGUACCGGCGGGCCGACGUACAGCAUAGCGACAACCACGAUCAUCGUCUGCGCCGUCCAUGUGCUGCGAUACAAAGCGAUACAUCUCUCCGCCCUCGACUACUUCCGCUCUGUCAUACAUAAGAUGGACAUCGGAGUGCAGAUCGACAUUCCUUCUUUUGCAACGAGUUAUGCUUCCUUUUCAUCAGUGGAUCGAGGGUGGUUCUACACCGUCGUCCGCACCAUUCUUGGUAUACACAUCGUUUCGCAAGGCGUCACAACUUGCAUCCGCCGCUCCCUCGUCAAGGCGAACGAACAGAGCGCUAGCGUGCCUUCUAUCACGAGAUCCGAUACGGAAUCCGCUGCUGCUGAGCUAAAUGGCAGAGCUACCUUCACAUUCGGCGAAGGUAAUCAGCAGCACGGUCCUACUGGUUCAAGUACGGACGGGCGUCCUCCAGGACCGUCUCCUGCUCGACGAGAUAGCAAGCCUCGCGAAUCUGCUACGAAAAAGAAGCGGAAGCAGGCCAACCAAGUUCGCAGCCAGCAACCGCUUUGGGCAGCUAUUGCAAGUACCAAAGUUACUUUCGUUAAAGAAAUGGAGCAGCGAGACGCAGUGGAUGACGCACGUGAAGCAACUCGCAUGCACAAAGACACAACAACCAACAUUGCAGGCAAUCCAAGCACUCCCGAGGCUCGCUUCUGGGUCCGAGAAGUCCACGAUACUGAGAUCCUUUUCUCAGCCCAGCUGACUACGGACGACGUGGUCAAAGGCAACGACAACCUGGAGGAAGGAUCGGGCGUGGUUGCUGGCAUCGACAAGUCCAAGCCCUUCUAUGUCACAAUCAACGGCGCUACCUGGAGCUCUACCAAGAUCAAGUCAGCACCGUCAGAUGCCUCUUUCGACGACAGAGGUACAACCUACGACGGCGAAAUCUUUGGCCUUGCGCCGCUGAGCAGCUACAUGUGUGAGUUCGUCAGCAUCGCGAGUCAAGAAGCCCUUUGCUCCAUCAGCAUCAUCACGCAGCCUGCACCAACUCCAGAACAGGCCGUCUCGACGACCGCCCCUCCUCAGCACCAAAGCCUCAGGCCGUCUUCACCAAUCACGACAUUGAAGCAGUCGAUCCAAGCAGCCGAAGCCAAGCUGAACGAGACCCGCAAUCGCGGCAAGAAGAGUAAGAAGGACCAGCGUGCCGGGCAUACUGACAUCAAGCGCGAGAUCAACACUCUGAAGAGCAAGCUCGAUUCUUCUGGUGGCACCGAUGACAAGCAAGAACGACGACUGCUGCAGAUCAGCCAGCACAAGGCUCAAGCCGACGAGGCUACGACUGAGCUGAAGACGCGGAUCAACACUAUGGGUGGGAUCCCGUCAGACGAGCUUGCUGACUCUGAAGCGAAGAAAAGCCGCUGGGACUCGGCCACCAAUGCGAAACGAGUAGCCGCAAGGGAGCUGGACAGUUGCAAAGCUGAGGCCGAGCGUGAGCUGAGCGCUCUGAAGUCGGAGAUUCAGCAAACAGAUGCGAAGAAGGACAAGAUUGCCUCUCGCCAUUCGCAGCGUAGCCAGGAACUGGAAAAGCUUCUCGCGAGGCAGGAAGCCGAUAUGACAGCCAAGCAGAAGCGAGACUUUGACCGAGCACAGGCUCUCCACCACCGCGAGAAGUUAGAUCACGAGAUCACCACUUCUAUCGGAGACUUCGAGAACGAGCUUGCGACACUGCAGCAGAAGACGCAUGAUACUUAUCAGACUAUCGCUUCUCUUCAGAGCUGGUCGUCCAAUGGUCAGCCGCCGCCUUACUACGCAUCUCCUUCUACUCCCGAUGCUGCGUUUGCCGCCGCCGCCGCCGCCGCCCCGCUCGGUAGUCCGCAGUCCAACGGUUUUGCCAUGGGUGGUCAAGCCCCGUUCCAGUCACCGUUCCACUCCGCUCAAGCCUCGCUCUCCAACACGCAAGCUGGUGCUCCUCGCGGUCGCAGCUCGUCGAUGCUUAGUCAGUACUCCGGGUUCACCGACAACGGCGAGGAGUACAACAAUUUCGUGCCCGAGCAGCCCCGUCAGCAGUACUCAUGGCCAAUGGCUACUAGCGUGAGUGCUGGAGCCGUGAUGCAGGUUGACCGCAAGGAGAGCGAGGGUUCUGGAUCCGCUUCGCAGACAACUGGUAGCAAUAGUACUGGGUCUAACAGUCCCAGACCGGAUGCACGACCUUUUGUUCCUGGCAAGAGUGCUACGGCUGUGGGAACUAUUGGACCGCCGUCGAAGGGAAGGGAGAGGGGCCCGCAGAGUCCAGCUCACUCGUCACUGGGUAAUGAGCUCCUCGAGCAACUCCACGGCAUCAACAUCCAGCUUCAGCGACCCGACAACCGCACGACUACACGCAGCCCACAACGGAACACGAGCAAACAUACCCAAACCCCCGACCGAGUCUACGAAAUCACAACAGCGACCAUGGCGGCACGCCUCCCUUCCGCUCUCCGCGCCUUCACCCUCGCUCGCUCAACUCCAGCCCUUCGAUCACCAAUCGCACUCCAAGCACAACGGUCCUUCCAAACAAGCCGAAGACUGCUACAAGACGCUGCGCCCGCGCCGGUGGCUCAGAGGAAGCCUGUGGGAGCCUUCAGGGGAACGCUCUUCGGCUUCCUUCUCGGAUCAGUGCUGGCCGGCGGUGGACUUUACUACUAUGUCAUCGACGAGUACAAAGUGUCGAAUGAGCUGUUGACGGAGGAUAUCUACGCUCUGCAGGCGGCGGUGCAGCGGAUAGAGACGUACGUGAAGGACUUGGAGGAGAAGGUACCGAAGAAGUGA